GGAAGCAUUGCAACUUCUCCCUAUUAAACCGUCAAAGAAGAAUGUGCUUUAUUGCCAGCGUAUUGACCAUAGUAUUGACAAGUGAGAUUUUAAGAUUUCUAUUCUGGUAUAAUUAAACAAGUAAUUUACAAGUUUCCUAGAUGAUUACAGCGGAGUUAUAAGAUGAAACACCAGUAUUUUUAGUAUUACGUUGGCUAUGAUUUAGUAAAAUUAGUCCGUGUUGUUGCACAUUCAAAUAAGUUUAUUUUUCAUUUGUAAUUGACGAGAUUUUGCAGUUUUCAGUGCAAAGUCACAUUUAAGUGAACAGAAAUAACACGAUUCAGAUUUCUGUUGAUGAAACGGUCUCCUGCCCCCCCUGCGUAGUGGAUCGUCGCCAAUGUCACAGCCAGCAGUACCGGACCUCUUCGUGUCCGUGGCGCGGCAGUGUUUGGCUUCGGGGAAAAAGAGAAAAUGCCUGUCGAUGUGCGAGUGUCGGAGCCUUGCCGCCCAAAUACAGGCUGUGGACCUUGGUCUGAAACCAGCGCUGCUGUACGACCUGAACUCCGCCGAGCCCAGUCAGAUACAGCACUACUUACGGUGCCUCCAGGCGGCUGGCCGUGUCAGCAAAGCGCUGCACCUUCUGGUGAUGGACGGUAACGUAAUUAUUAUUAACCUGGAUGUGUGCAUCCUGAGCCUGGAGGAACUGCUGCGACAAAACACUGUUGUCUUAAUGGACGUGUCUUGGGGAAAUGCUCAGCCAGCAACAGCCGAUUUCAGGUUGAGCGGGAUGGAGGCAUCUGUGAGGGGUGUGUUGGACAGCCUCAGGACAUUGAUGUCAGACGACCCUCUGAUCUGCGUGGUUGAUACACAAACCUGCGCCAGCUGGAACCUCUGCUCCCUGUUUGGGAUUCUUCUGGGCUAUCCUGCCGUAUACUGGUUUGACCUGAUCCACAAUGCUGAAAACUGCUUGGGCAUGGUGCCUCUACAAGUGAUCCGCGUGACUGCAUGCUGGGAGGCUGUUGCCAGGGGCAACCGUUGCUGCCUGUAUUCCUUCAGCAUCCCAGAGGAGCUGGUAUCAGAGACCCAAAGUGCCCUGGACACCUGGUGCAAUAGACUACGGGCCCAGUUUAGCCAGCAAUCAGCCUUCAGUGAGUUGGCGAUUUCCACCGACAGGGUCUGCUUGCCUCAUGUGGCGCUCUGAAGCUAGGAAGCCCUGUGUGGGUCUGGCCAAUGACACAGAAGUGCGUUAGGUCCCAGCUGAUUGUUCCUGCUGACAGUGUGAAAAUGAUUAUUAACAGGAUAAUUGGCAGUUUAGAAUUGAGUUGGACACAGAGCAGACAUUCUCUGAUUGGUGUAGUGGAUAUUGACAGACGUAUGCUGUCUUGUAUUAGCUGACCUCCGUCUUCCCUUCAGAGCAGAAGGAAUUUCCCUGUAUUCCUCUUUAUGUUGAAUUCCCUUCUUUAUUCUGAGUACACAGUAUAAAAGGCAGACUGUUCUUCAGCAUAGACAACUAUUCAUAUGAUCUCAUUUCUCUUUUUGGGGUGGUUUUGUGGGUUACGACUCUGUGUUCAUGAUCGGAAGGUUACCUGUUCAAAACCUAUGGUCGGCAGAAUGAUUUCACCGCUGGGCCCUUGAGCAAAGCCCUUAAUUCUAAAUUGCUCCAGGCACUGUAUGACCUGCUAUCACAAUUGUAUGUAGCUUUGGACAAAAGCAUCUGCUGAAUAAAUAAAAUUGCAAAAGUUUUGCUUAAAUCAAAACUGAUUGUUAUAUUGUAACAAUAUUGUAUAAUGGUGUUGUGGACAAUAAAAUCCAUCCAGCCGUUUCACUAACUGCUGAA